CCCAGUGCUAUAAAACACAUACCCAAAGCCUGCCUUCCCCAUUUAUAGUGAAGCUCAGCUUUGGAUCUAUGUUACUCCCUGACAGGCACAUAGGAACAUGAUGAUUCACACAAAGGGGAUUCUUGCAGUGCUGGGGCUGGUGGCCCUGGCCUUGCUGGCCAGCAGAUGCCAGGCGCAGCGUGACUGCCGAGUGGAAAGCUUCAAAGUCCAGCAAAACUUUGACAAGUACCGGUACCGCGGACUGUGGUAUGCUGUGGCCAAGAAAGACCCAAUAGGAUUGUUUCUUCAGGACAAUGUGAGAGCUGAGUUUUUUGUUGAUGAAAAUGGGAAUAUGACUGCAACUGCCAGGGGCAGAGUGGUGCUCUUGAAUGAGUGGAGUGUGUGCGCUGACAUGAUUGGCACCUUUGUAGAGACAGAAGAUCCUGCCAAGUUCAAAAUGAAAUAUUGGGGUGUGUCAUCCUAUCUCCAGAAAGGAAAUGAUGACCACUGGGUAAUGGCAACAGAUUAUGAUUCAUAUGCGCUGCACUACUCCUGCCGUCAGCUCAAUGGAGACGGCACAUGCGCUGAUGGUUACUCCUUUGUAUUUUCUCGUUCCCCGUAUGGGCUACUUCCAGAAGCACAAAGAAUUAUCAGGCAAAAGCAGACAGAAAUCUGCUUAGAAAGACAAUACAGGUUGAUUGUUCAUGAUGGAAGCUGCCCUUGAGGAGAACAUAUUCGAUGGGAACCAUUCUAUAGCUGUAAAGUAUAUAACUUGCUUUGUGGAGAGUUCUUCAAAAAGAUUCCCUUAGAUACUGAGUAGCUAGCUAUCCAUUUGAACUGUGCUAUUUACUCUGCAAGUGUAAUUUAAUAAAUGGAGAUUCAUGGAACUGUGUAUUGCUUGUGCUGCAAACAUAUUAAAUCAUUAGUUUAUUGUAUAAGCAAAAAAUUGUUUAGAUUACAAAUCCAAAUUGCAGUGACACAGUAAUCCCUACUUAUUUUGUAUUGGGGGCAGAACGAGGGAGGUACAGUUUUUCCAAGCUACCAAUCCCAGGAUUAGAGGUUUGCUUAAAAAUAAACACAUAGUGCAAAAUA